GACCUUUCCUUUUCCGAGGUCUCUAAGCAGUAUCCUGGUUUAAACUACCCGUUGAAUCAUGUACUGCGCCAACAGAUCUUGAGACAGUCUUGUUGGAUAAUUUCUUACUUUAAAGAUAUACUCCUCUAUCGAGACUUUACUUCGUACAUAGUCUCUCCUCAUUUGGUAAUUCGAAGAUUUUGGUAUAGCAGCAGCUUCACAUUUGUUUAAUUUUUUCUUUUCUUCACCGAGUAUGGACAACAACAUGGAGGGCGGUCCGGACUCCUUGGCUCAGAAUGAGCACAUCAAGGACAAACAAGCGAUGCUCUCAAAUGCAGUCUCGUCAACAAUUCCAGUUCACUCAGAUCAAGCUUCUGCAAUGGGCACAGAUGAAACGAGCCGUCUACGGGAGCUUCAAGCCGACGUUCGCGACCAGGAUGACCUCGAGAGAGAUAUUUCUCGUCAGGCCGACAGGUUGCUCACGGAGCAAGCAGACGAACGUGACAAUAGAAGACUAGAACGUACAACACAUGAAAAAGAAAAGCUUGAAGCUCAGAUUUUAAAAGCACACCAGCGAAUGUCCCAGCCAGUUGGUACAUCUGCCCGGGUCCGUCUACAGAAUGAGAUUCAAAAACUAGAAACCCGUAAUGCCACGUUGGCAAAUGACCUCAAAGAAAUACAGCAACGUAUUAAUGAAAGACAUGAAGGACAGGAAUCUGGUGGGGCCGCUAUGGGGACAGGUCGAAUGCCUAAUGAGUCUCGCAGGGAUUAUCUCAUCCGAACAGGGAAGAUAACACCAUUCUCCAAAAUGAGUGCCGGCCCGAAUGAGGGACCCCUUGCUAGUCUGCAUGACGCUCUCAUCGACGCCGAAGACGAGCGCGACGAAAGAGAGGCAUUGGAACAAGUCAAAAACCGAUCUGCGGUAUCUCACCGAAACCUUGUGCGCCCUAGCUUUGGCUUUGAUGAAGCGAGCGAAACAUCUAUGGAAGUGGAUGAUUAUCCCAAAAAGCGGAGAAAAUUGACCAACAUGGCUAAGGACAGAGAGACAACCAUGGAUUCUGAGGAAACAGAUGAGAUAGCAACAAAUGUGGAAGAUGUAGCUUCGGACGAUGGCUCAGCAAGUUAUGUAGCGUCGGAAGAGGAAAAGUCGCUAUCAGAAGAUGAGGAGGACUUUGUACCCGAGGGAACGCCGCCGCAAUCCGCAACUCGAAGCAAGGCCAAGAAGACCCCAGACGAUAUAGAGGAUUUCAGCGGGCUGGAUGAUGGAAACGAGAAGGUCUAUCAAUCCAGGCUUCAGAAUUGGGUCACACGAAGGAGUGCUGCGCGGAAGCGUGCCCUGCAGGGCAGUACAGACGCUCAUGAACAUGAAGAACAGGAGGAGUGGUUCAUGGCUCAUCCCAGUGUACCCGACGUGGAGUAUGACAACGGAUACCGUAUCCCUGGUGACAUUUAUCCCCUGUUGUUUGACUAUCAGAAGACAGGGGUGCAAUGGUUAUGGGAAUUGCAGCAGCAGCAAGUAGGAGGAAUUAUUGGGGAUGAAAUGGGACUUGGGAAAACAAUUCAAGUCAUUUCUUUCCUGGCCGGGCUUCACUACAGCAAAAAGCUAACAAAGCCGGUCAUUAUUGUGUGUCCUGCAACUGUCAUGAAACAAUGGGUUAAUGAGUUCCACCGCUGGUGGCCGCCUUUUCGUGUCUCAAUUCUGCACACCUCCGGCAGUGGAAUGGUAAAUAUUCGAAGUGAGAGUAGUAGGGAAGACGCGCUUCUGUCUCAGACGUGGGAUAGCCGCCGCAGUCUGGGUGGGCUAAAAGCCGGGAGAAAAGUCGUCAAACGUGUGGUAGAGGAGGGCCAUGUUCUGGUGACCACGUACUCCGGCCUGCAGACCUAUACCCCUCUUCUAAUUCCAGUGGAAUGGGGCUGUGCUGUGCUAGAUGAGGGCCACAAGAUCCGCAAUCCCAACACUUCGAUCACUAUCCAUUGCAAGGAACUCCGGACACCACAUCGGAUCAUUCUGUCAGGCACACCGAUACAGAAUAACCUGACAGAACUUUGGUCGUUGUUCGACUUUGUUUUCCCCAUGCGUCUGGGGACCUUGGUGAACUUUCGAAAUCAGUUCGAGUUCCCCAUCCGUCAGGGCGGAUAUGCUAAUGCUUCAAACUUACAAGUGCAAACAGCAGCGAAAUGUGCAGAGACUUUAAAAGAUGCCAUCAGCCCGUAUCUCCUGCAGCGGUUCAAGAUCGAUGUUGCCGCGGACCUUCCUAAGAAGAGCGAGCAAGUAUUGUUCUGCAAGCUCACGAAGUUGCAGAGACAGGCGUAUAAGACAUUCCUCGGCUCUGAAGAGAUGCAAUCUAUUCUCAGAGGCCGCAGGCAGGUGUUAUAUGGAGUGGAUAUUCUGCGAAAAAUUUGCAACCACCCAGACUUACAGAGCCACAAGCUUACGUCACAUAAAACAGACUAUGGUGACCCUGAUAAAUCGGGCAAAAUGCAGGUCGUCAAGUCACUCCUUGAGCUGUGGAAAGAUACGGGGCAUAAGACCCUUCUAUUUACACAGCAUCGUAUUAUGUUGGACAUCCUUCAAAAAUUUGUGGAAUCUCUGUCGGGGUUCAAUUAUCGACGGAUGGAUGGCACCACACCUAUCGCCCAUCGGCAAUCGAUGGUUGACGAAUUUAAUAAUAAUCCGGAUCUUCACGUGUUUCUCCUUACCACAAAGGUAGGAGGGUUGGGAGUAAAUCUAACCGGGGCUGAUCGGGUGAUCAUUUAUGAUCCCGACUGGAACCCAUCAACCGAUGUGCAAGCCCGUGAGCGAGCAUGGCGGCUUGGACAAAAGCGCGAUGUUACAGUAUAUAGAUUGAUGACCGCUGGGACAAUCGAGGAAAAAAUCUAUCACCGACAAAUAUUCAAGCAAUUCCUCACUAACAAGAUAUUGAAGGAUCCUAAGCAACGACAGACUUUCCAACUAAGCGAUUUGCACGACUUAUUUUCUCUCGGAGAAGAGGGCCAAGGCCCAACGGAAACAAGCAAGAUUUUCAAAGAAGCCGACAUCACCUAUGAAGAGGGAAGUAGCACGACCACUCAGCAGACACGCACAGGUACCCGCGUACAGAGUCACCCGAGGAACCAGCAAGAUGAGAAGAAAGACGUUAGCCGUGUUGAAGGUGUAGCAUCAAUUGAGAACUUUCAGGGCGACUCGGAGCCGGCGAGCGACAAAGACCAGGGACCUCCCGGUGCUAAUAAGGAGUCACGUAUCAUGGAGGGCAUCUUCGCCCGCUCUGGCGUUCAUUCCGCGCUCGAGCAUGAUCAGAUCGUGAAUGGCAAGCGGGUUGUACGUGCGGAUCCCAAGAUUAUCGAAGCGGAAGCGAAGAAGGUCGCCGCCGAAGCCGCCGAGGAGCUGCGCCGAGCGGGAGAAGCAGCACGGUCUGUGCCCAUUGGGACGCCAACAUGGACAGGUCAGUUCGGACUUGCUGGGAGGCCAGAGGAGCCCACAGCACGCCCGGCCUUCGGUGGAGGUAGCAGUUCUGCGAGACGAGCUGCAGCCGGACCGUCAUCAGCUAGCAUCCUGGCCAAUCUUUCUGCACGCACUCCUUCUUCCCGAAGCGGCAGUAACAGCCCCGCGCCAGGCAAGGCACCUAGUGGAGCGGAUUUCAUGACGAUGAUUCGAGACUUUAUUGUAUCCCACGGCGGGUCCGUUCAUACGCAGAUGCUGAUUGACCAUUUCAACCGUUUCUGCACCACACCACAACGAUCAGCUGAGUUUAAGGAAAUGCUUAAAACCAUUGCUGUGCUGGAGAAGGGUGGACGGAACGGUCGAGGUAAAUGGUCUCUGAAGACUGAGUACGCUAAGAAGAGAUAGUUGGUCGUUUCCUGCUUUUUUUUCCCCCUAACCCUGGCGUUUCUCUUCCUCCCAGCUCCGUGCGUGGCUUGAUGAGCUGGGACAAAAGCUUGAUGAUACUAGAGGCAUUGGCGUAGUGGGUAUUGUUUAGAACUAAAUAGCAUGCUGCCGUGGAUGGGCUCUUAACACUGGCUUGGGCUUGGGAUACGGAGUUCCGUGGCUAUAGAAGGGAAGGAGUUUGGGUUUGUAUACUACUUGAAUGGGUAUCGUCCAUCCCUAUCCUUUGCCAACUGUAUAUGGUUUAUAUAAUACUUAAUACAAAGACAUAUAAUUCUUCAAAA